AUGCCGCCAGAACCUUCCGACGUCCAGGCCUGUGUGCUCGGCGCCUUCGACAGGCUUCCGGCCAAGUGCAAGCCGCGCGCGCGAGACUCGCAUGCUCGAGAGUGGGUGCCGCUUGCAGGCGUGGUGCUUGCUCGAACGACAGACGACCGACCCACGUUGACCUGCAUCGCUCUGGGGACAGGCAUGAAGUGCCUUCCCGCGAGCAAGGUGCCCUCAGCCCACGGCGUUGUGCUGCACGACUGGCACGCCGAGAUCCUUGCGCUCCGCGCCUUCAACCGUUUUCUGGUCGACGAGUGCGCGGCUCUCGUAUCGUCCGGGGCUCGUGUCUCGGAUUUCGUGAGGCGUCGUGAUGCGGACGAGAUAUCUCGGUCUGUGCCGCAGCCCUUUGCCCUCCGGAGCGACGUGGAGAUCCACAUGUACUGUUCCGAGGCGCCAUGCGGGGACGCCAGCAUGGAGCUAACCAUGGAUGCUCAAGAGGAUCCCACGCCCUGGUCGCUACCCGCAAAUCCGACGUCCGCUGCGCCGUCGGAGGACGUUGUGCUCAGAGGUCGAGGUUAUUUCUCGGAGCUCGGCGUCGUUCGCCGCAAGCCUGCUGCCCUUCUCCUCGACCCGCGGACUGCCUACCUUCGUACUCUCAUCUUGCCUGAAUCUCAGCACGUACCAGCGGCAACCACACGUGCCUUCGGCUCUUCAGGAAGAAUGGCCCCGCUGUGCUCUGAGACAAGCCAAACGUGGCCUCAUGCCUACACUUUUCGGCCCUUUGAGGUGCAGACUAUCUCGCACGAGUUUGAGUGGUCUAGAAGAAGUGCUUUGCCAGGCCAGAAGCUCAUUCCAUGUAACCUGAGUGCUCUGUACACUCCACUGCGCAACGAGGUCAUUAUCAACGGCGCACUUCAAGGAAGGAAGCAGGGCGACAUCAAAGGAGCAAGCGUAGUCUCGCGGCGGGCAAUGUGGAGUUCUGUAGCUGAUAUCGGCAAUGGCCUGAACCAAGACUCCACCCCGGAAGUCGCGGAGCUGGUAGCAGCAACAACAACCACCACAACCACCACCAUCAUCAUCACCAUCAUCAUCAUCAUCAUCAUCAUCAUCAUCAUCAUCAUCAUCAUCAUCAUCAUCAUGAACUUCCUCGAAGUUCUCGACUUCGGUCUGGUGGCCGUCGUCGCCAUGUUCCUCGUCUUCGGCACCCUUGCUCUCGUCGCGCCUGUCAAGCCCUCGGUCCGCUUCGUCAAUUUCCUCCGGGCUCUUCCCUUGGCCGCGCUCUGGGUCGCCUUCUCCUCCGCCUCCGCCGUCCUCAACUUCGCCUGGGUCCAAUUCCUGUUCCCGGUGUUCGCCCUCACCAUCUGGUGCUUCGCCCAUGUGCUUUCCUACCUCUGGGAUACGGCCAUGGAGUACCUCAGGUACACGGCAGAGGAGCGCUGCUUCCGGCAAUUCUGCGCGCUCAACAACGCCGCAGAACGCCGCGCCGCCCUCGCGCAGGACGCACUCGAGCACGAGCGGCUCUCGCAGCGGAACGCCGUCUUCCCGCUCUCCACCGAACUCGGCGGCGGACCUUCCCCUCUCGCGAUGGGUUGGUACCAGACGGCACGCUUCCAGGUGCCGCCGCAGUUCACGGGAGAUGGCUUGCCCGCUGCGCCGCCCGCCACUCCGAUCGUGUGCAAUGCAAGCAACGGUGCUGGCAGUAGCAACAUGGUUCACCAGUCAGGCUCCCCCCUCAACCAGCAGCACCCCCACAAGCAACUGGAGCUGGCUCCAGUUCGCUACAGCUUCGAACAGCUGGCUGCGGGAGUCCGUGGACCGCUGCUGCCGCUCCCGCGUCCGCUGCGCACGCGUGACGACGUGGACGCUUGGGUGCGCCUCGCGUUCCCUUACUCCAGCGUGCUGAACGACCUUGGCGGCUGUCUUGAUGACGUUGCCCGGGCUCGUUACGGUGUCGUUGAGGGUCGGAGGUAUUAA